AUGCUUCAUCAGCUUCUCCUUACUCCUUGGCUGGCCUUGGCUUUCGCAUCACCAGCUCCAGCCCCGGUCCCGCAACCUUCCCUUAUGGAUUCCAUCUUCAAUAACCCUUCUAUUCCUGAGGUCACUCUUGCCGAAUUGGGUGUUAAUGAGACCCUACUCAACGCCCAGGACUUCGGACUUGCAAAGCGCCAGACAACUCUCAAAGUAACCAUAUAUAACAUUGAAUUUAACGAUGGUUAUGGUGCGGGUCGUUUGAUUAUUUCAGAUCCCGUUCCAACUGAACCUGGGACAACAAACCCGGCACAUCCUCUCGAUAUCCUCUUCGUCCCUACUAUAUAUUUCCCUCCAAGGGACAACGACUUUUGCUUUUACACGAACCGCUAUAUGCUUAGACUUCAAUUGAUAGUCAGCGUAGCGGGCGACGCAUGUAAGGGUGGCGGCGCACCAUCUUUUGACACUGCCUCGAAAUUCAACAUUACAAGCAAUAGGGUUAGAGCUUAUCUUGCCGAACUGCCCGGUAAACCCGAUGCACUGUUGCCAAGAUUCAAGUUCUCAAACGUCUGGUUCUACAAUGAUAUGUUUGGCGGCGGCGUCGAUAUUCAGUUCGACAAUGAUGGCAAGGUUUCAGGACUCAUUGCCAUGCUAGGUCAUCAGAGGCCGCCAUACAACACAGGGCAAUUCAUGAUGGCAACUUUUAGUCGCACAUUCCGUAGUGUAUACAGCUCGAAGAUGACAAUUCCUCUCCAGUAG